AAACUAUGAUGUGUUCUAUGGCUAGUGAAAUGUAAAUAUUUUAUAUUGUUUAGGUUUUUUCCCCAUCAGUAUAGUUUUGUGGCGGCGUGUGUGUAAUUUUUAAAAUGCUGUUGUGAAUUUUUCUUCUUCUUUUUUUACAUGUACUUGUAUUUGGAGUGACUGAAUGUAUAACUAUUUUUGUACGGUCUUGAUUAGAUGCAAUGUCAUAAGCAACAUUUACCAGUUUAAUUCAAUUGUAGAAUACAUCCGUUUAUGUUCAACAAAUUUUUUUGAAAUGUGUAGCGAAAAUGUGAAGAAUUGGUGCAGUUGUGUUUUCAGUGCGCUUGGUGUUGUGUUGGGCCUUGGUGCCUUUGUUGUAUUUUUCGGAAUAUUCAAGAAUUAUGAAGCAGGUAUAUGGAGUAUUAUGUCAGCGGUCGUCGCCGCGGUGCUCCUGCACCUGAGCUGCCUGGCGCUGAGGGGCCGCCUGGACUCGUGGCACACCCCGGACUCCCUGCGCAGCAUCGCCUGGCUGGGGGGCAUCAACGUGGUCGUGGGGCUGUCGGGCCUCGUCUGGAACGUCGUCCGCACCGCCGUCUACCACACCCCCGUGCUGCCGGUGGAGGACAGCUCCGCGAUAGCCGCGGUGUGGGCGCUCAUGGUGGCCAAGUGGGGGCUGCUGGUGGCGCUGAGCGGCCGGCGGUACUCCCUCCGGCUGCUGGAGGGGGAAGGCACCCCGCUGCUGCCACCGGCGGCGCGGGCCAGGCCUAGGUCCCCGCCCCCCCGCGGUGGGGGAGGGGGAGACGUCACGGGGGGCCCGGCCGUCCUGCGCUGGACCUCGUCGGACGCCUACUUCGUCCACGACUGAGCGGCCGCCGCUCGCCCUGCACCGCCUACGCCCGACGCCGAACCGGCUCGUUUGUCGAAAGAACCUUAAAAAAAAAAAACGCCGGCACGUUCUUGUAGGGUCGCGUAACUUUGUGUCUCUUCUGGAAAGCCAGGUAAAAGUCGACUGAUUUUUAUUUCAAAAAACCUUUACUUUAUAAAAGUCGUGGAAAUCCCUCGGUGGUGGCGAAGUGAGGGCGAAACGUAGCGUCCCGGUACGCCGCCGUCACCCGGACUUUUUAAACGCGUUAUUUUUAGUGCGUGGUCACACGUGAUUUUAAAUGGCGUAUGCGAGGUUCUGUAUGGACUGGAGCAGCUUCUAAGGAUGGUGGAGACUGGAUUGUUUUUAUUUAUUUCUUUCAGAAUUUUAACAAAAUAGGUAAAUGUUUUUUUUUUUUUUUUUUUUUUAAAUCACCAGGGAAAUGUGUAAUUUUGGUUGUGGAAAGUCAGGGAAAAGUCGGGGAAUUUUUUCUAUAGAUGUGUGUGGACACCUUGAGUAAAGUAAGUGUGGUGCCCAGGUUUCACAACUUUGAAUCUGUUUUUGUGCCUCUUGUCACGAUGCAGGAAGCGGGUGAUGAUAUUGACAUUAGCGUACGCCAUCAUCGGAGGUACGGAAAUUUCGCGGAUUCAUUCGGCAUCAAGCUAGAAUGAGAACCUCCUGUGUUCAUGAUUGGACCGCAGUUGUUUGGACACGCCCCUCUGCGACCGUGAGCCGACGAGGCCCAGCUGGGGGAAAAACAAGCGAAUCAGGUUGUGCCGAUUAAGAACAAAAAGUUUCUCGCUGAGAAACCGGCCAGUGGAAAGGCAAAAACGUUGGUGGAGCGGUAGGUAAGGCUUUGAAAUUUUUUCCUGGCGCCAAAAACAAAUUCACGAAAUUUCCAGGUCUUUAGUCACUAUCAUCAAUAUCAUCACCAUAAACUGCUUCCAAGCUGUGGCCGGAUCAGUAAAGUAAAUGCCUCCAUCUUUGUCUCUCCUUUCACCAUUCCUCCUCCGUCACUCUCGUCCAUUCUUUUUCUCUCUCCUGCACUCCUUUAUCUGCUCUUCCCGUCUCCUCCUUGGUACCUUGAGGCUUUCUUCCUGUGUAUUUCAACUGCAUCAUUUUCCUAGGCAGUCCUCUCUCUUCUUAAGUCUGGACAUGGCCAUACCAUCUCGUUCUUGCCCAGUUCAAAGUGCCUGGUGUGUCAAAAUUCAACUUAACAUUUAACAAUUUUAUCAAAAGAUGUUGCCUGGUGGUAGAACUUUGAGCUUGCUUGACGAACCCAUGUGCCAUUCUACAGUUGGCAUCACUCACAGGAGUCAAGAAUCAUUUUGUUUUGGGAGAUGGGACCAGAAAAUGAGUGUGCAUUGAUGUAUUUUUAAGUUUUAGUAAAUUUCCAAAAUUAAUUCAGUACCAGACAACAGUGAUUUUACAAGGUGGGGAAAAAAUUUGUCUGCCAACACUGUUUGUUUGAAGUACUUCUUCAAAUUACUUAACUUUCUUUAAUGAAAGGAAAUUUUUUUUAGUAAGUGACAGCAACUGUUACGUCAGAUACUACCUUUUUUUGGUUCUCGUUAUGCGCUCUGCUAUGUAAACCCAGACAUGUUUUUUUAAAUAUCGCUUUAAAACAAAAAUAACUCAGUGUGAUGCUACAGAAUAACGUGGUUCUGAAAAGAGAAUAAAAAAUGUUAUUAAAGUUUGUGUUUUUUGGUUUUAAAAAUUUAAGUGCUGUAAAACACUUAAAAAAAUGUUCCUACAAUAACAUGACACAUAUUUUCCAUUAAUCAGAAAUAUUUUUAAAAUUAUUCUUUAAAUGUAAUAGGAAAAAUGGGGUGAAUCUAUGUAGGGUAAAUCUGACUUAAAAUUUAUAGUAAAAAAAAACUUUUUUCUCACUUUUAUAUUAUUUUAAUUAAUUAAAUAGGGGACGAACUGUUGCUUAUAAAAUUGGCAAUAAUAAAAUAAAAUUCUGUUUGAAAUAACUAUUAUAUAACUAACGAACAAAAUUUGUUUUCAUUCUUUUUAAGUUCUAAAUAUGAAUUAAAACUUUUUUUUUCCGUAAAAAAAUAAUUUUUAUUUAAGUAAAUGUGUUUUUGAUUGUUGUUUGAGCAUGUAUUUACCAAGGUUUUUACAUGAAUCAAAAUAGGUUUUAGAGCCACUUCUGGAUGAAAUUGAGGUAGAUUUUUUUUAUAAAAUAAUUUAUUAAUGGUUAAAACAAUUUUUUUUGAAAUAUUUAAACAGAGUUGAUUUACUACAUCAGUAAACUCUCGUACUGUAAAAAUUUUCCACAGAUUUACUUCACUUUCACCUUAUCCUGCAAUGUUUUGGUAUGUAACAUCUUGGCUUUCAGUAUACAGCAUUAGAAGGAGUAAUUUUGUGAAUCGACGGAAGUUGCACGGAACGGAAAUGUAACAUCCACGGAGCUGCCAUCUGUGGCAGAUGGCGUGAACCAAUGUUCACGACGCCAAAGUAAAUUUAAAGUAUUAACUAUUUAAUUAAUUUUUUUACAAAAUGAGAAGUAUUUUAAUAAAGUUCCUUGUCUAAAAUCAGGUCCAAAUCUGGGGUCUAGUAUUAUUUUUUAAUGUCUUUUUUUCCGUUUUUAUCUUAACCGUUUCAUUACGUAGUUUAAAAUUUCUGUCUGCUAAGCAAAUGAUUCGAUAGUCGGACGUAGCUGCUCUGGUAGCAAAUUUUACGGGCGGGUAUAUUCUUAUCAAGAAAUGAAGUUGAAAACACAUUUGCAUGUAUUUAUUGGUUGGUGCAUUAUUUUAAACAAUUCUACAUUAAAUUUCAUGUUCGAGUUUUGUAUGAUAAAUGUACGUAUUUGGAACACGAGAACACAUGUAUUCGCUCGUUACCGAGGUUUAGAUGUUGCACAUCUCUGACUAGUACUGAAAGACUCGAUCACAUUUUUUUUUUAAAGUGGUAUGGGUUUGUGUGUUGCUUGUGGCUAAAGAGCCAGUGUACCGGAGGUUGCUGAGGCAAAGUUAGCCCAAGUCGAGAAAUACUUUGUUUUAGCCGCAUCGUGCAAAAUUUGAUUCUGGAUUCAUCCAAAUACAAGAGACUGAGUAGAUUAGUAGAUUAUGUGAUAUUUUUCACACUAUAGAGGCCGUGUUUAAAUGUUGCAUGCUUAUUACUAGCCGUAAUGUAAACUUACCCGUAUCAUGAUUCCUCUAUCGGUAGGUGCACCUGUAUUUUGUGGAAACACUGUAGUGCUCACCAACACUGUUGCGUUUUCUCAGAGUUAUGGCUAGGGGCAGGUACGUUUCAUGAAGAAAAAAAAAAAUUCUGAAUGAUCACCAGACCGCAAUACGGUAUGCCCGUGCCAGCGAUUUCUUCCUUGUAAUUGGUGAUUGCCCUUGUACUAGUCCGCAAGUACGGAGAUUUGUAUGCGUUGGAACGUUUGGACACAGAGCCUGCUCUAACAGUCAGUGAUAACCGAAACCUUUGCUGUCAGAUUAAAAGUAGUGGUUCCUAUUCCUAUUCCUAUUCCUAGUCCAUAGAAGUUAGGCCGGGUUUAUAAACUACUCAAGAAAACGCAAUCACGCAAAAAAAUUUAUAAAAAACAUUUUUAAAUAUUCAUUUGUAAACCACGCAACAGAAAAAAAAAAUGCACCAUUGACCAACUUUAAACUUCUUGCUUUUCGGUUUGCGUUUUCACAUUCCCUAUUUGAAAGGAGUGUUCCGAAAACUUUUUUAUAGAUGCAGAUGUUAACAUGCGUAGAAGUCCAAGUUAUUGUUUCUACUAUGUACAUGACAUUUUCACAUGUUAAACUUUCGCACAAUGUAAAAAAAAUAACUUUUUUAAAACAAAUUAUUCUAAAUUUAGUAUGUUGUCAUGAAAACAAUAAUCAACAAAAGAUUUCUGUUGUUUUACAAUUUCAAGCUGUAGGAUUUUGUGACAUUGCAUGUUUUGUAAAUGACUGAUUUUCUUUCAUUGGUUAUUGUGGCAUUAUUGCAUUUUUGAGUUUUUUUUUUUAUAAACCCGGCCUUGCCCGUAGCUGUUAACGGUGUUUGAUUUCACUGGUUUUGAGACAGUUUGGUUUGUAGAGCGAGUUGCUUAACAGUGCAACAUGACGAGCUCAGCCCAACCAGAGUGUUGGGUGAGCAUUCGACGUUGGUUUUGACGAAAGAUGACGAAGUAUCACAACUCAUUGGGACUCUGUGCUAGUGUCGGCAAUCAGAGCCACUUUGAAUAUCGUGAUGAUACGAACAUCACAUUAAUCAAUAUUUAAAUAUACAUAUCUUAAAACCGACUAGUAAAAAUUGGUUGUUAAUAUUACAUAGUUACGAGUAUUGAGCAUGAAGUUUUCAUAGUAUAUGAAAUAUAAUAUAUUUGUUUUCCACGCUUUAAGCUGAAAAUUCUAGAUCAGGAAUUUUAUCUGAUUACCUAUGUUUUCAUCACGUGGAAACUAGGUUGAUUUUUUCAAUACAAAUAAUAAAACUUAAAUAAUAAAUUAUUUCAAUGUGUACUCCAAACAAGUAUUUAUUAAAAACAGUAAAAUUAGACCCUUUUAGCUCAAAGCAAUCGUGUGUUUGUAAAGAAGCCAUAAACAACUGUAUGCAGAAGAUAAUUUCAAGAUACCUACAGAUUUGUUACCAUGCAAGAGUUACUAUUCUGAGUUUUGUGUGAAAGCAAACUGGGAUUGAAAAUAUCCGCUAUCUUCUGUUGUGUAUGUGCGGUAGAACUUGUAGCUGUAAUGUAAGUCAACUAUGGUUUUUGAGUAGAGACAUUAUUUUUGUGUUAUUUUAUAAAUAUUAUUUCAGUUACUACAUGACAAAGUAUAUGUAUACUGCUAUUAUAGUACGAGCAUGUCGCUUAGAUUACUUGAAUAUGUAAUAAUUAUCAUUGUAAUGUAGAAAAAGCAUGCUAUUUUAAGCUAGAAUCAUAUGGCAAUCCCAGUAUUUGGGUCUUAUAACGAACACAAGGCUUGCCCUAUGAGCAACAACAGCAUAACUCCAAAGCAUUACAUGUGUAUGGCGGACAUACAAAAUGGUCACUGCCUGCCACGUAUCCUAUAUUUCAGUAUUUAUUUAUGUAUUUUUAUGUUUGUGUUUAAUUUUUUUUUGUGUGUGUGUUCCUUGGGUUUCAAGAUUUUUAGCCUACAAGUCGACUUGUCACCAAAAAUGUGGUUUUUUAGUAGUUUGAAUUAUUUUGGAUGUGGUAAAGGAUAAUUAUUUAACUUGUGAUUUGGUGAUCUUGAAUUUAUACCGUUUGUGUUAUCGGUGUAUUUAGAGAAUGGUGUUGAUGUACAAAGUGUGUUCCUCAUGUUUCAAUCGGGAAAAAAUUCUAAUAGCACCAUGUGGUGCCACAUGAAAAAAAAAUAUUUUAUCGUGAAAUGUCUUAAAAUCUGAUCGUAACGAAAAUGCCCAUAUUGCGUCGCACGCCUUAACUACUUCGUAACUGUUACGUCUCAAAGACAUAAGUGUGCAUUGUAUGUUGUCAGCGUGCUGAUUCGGGCUCUUGGUCCUUUCCGUUCAUUGUAACUCGCGACCCAGUUACGGUAGCGUGGUAAUUCAGGUGCAUGUGUAGAUAAUAAUUUGCCUGCCCUUAAUGAUUUUUACUGACGUUAAAUAAAAGUAAGGGCUUCGUACAGAUGUGUAUGUAUACAUUAAAAGCAUGAUCAAACAUCUAUAGUCUUUGGCACUAAUACAUAGUAUGUACUUCCAUUUUCUUAUGUGCUCAUAUUGCCAUUUACCGUAAACCAGCAUUGAACAUUCCUGGGCAUACCCGUUCCUCCCUACUUGCAAGCUGGCUUUAUGCGCCUGUGUAUAUGCUGCAGAAUCUCUCGUGUUAUUUGAUAUUUGUAAUUUAUACUGUCUUGGAGCUAAACCUUAUUUUUUCGUGUUCCAACUACGAAAGAUAUUUGUUUAAUUCUGUACCUCAGAACCAAACAGCUCUAAGUCAUAAUUGGGCAACUUGACGGGAGGGUAAAAACAAAUGCUCUUUUUAAUGAUUCUGGGUUUACAAUCAACUUCAAUUUGCAUAUGUCCAUAGAGAAGGAACUUUUAAUUAAUUUCUUCCUAAUGGGGGGGGGG